AUUGCGCCUGUUUGCAAAUUAGCUAGCAUGCUAGGUAGCGUUGGUCAAAUCUUGUUGCAAAUGCAAACAAAAUAAAUUUACCUUCAGUUUAAAACUGGCUGUACUUCCAAUUUAAUUGGUAGCGAAAGCGAAUAUCACGCUUAUACAGGAUGCUUUCUGGCUAUCAAAAAUAAAGCUGAUGACUAUACCACCUGCUGUCCACAACCGCUAUUUCUCCAGAACAAACAUACUAUUGGGAGAGAAGUCAUCUGCAGGCAUUGUUGAAGCAGCAUGAAGUGCAGCAGGUCCAUGUCCAGCUGGAAGAGGCUCAAGGUCUGCUGAAGGUCAUGACGACAGAGGCAGAUGACCAGAUGAUGAGCGCAGAACUGGAAAAUGUCCUGCAUAUUGUCCCAAAUCACAGCUGCACUGUGGACUCGCAACCGUAUUUGACUAACCAGAUCGAGCAGCUCAUAGGGGAGAAUCAGCAACUGAAGGCUGCAUUGAGACAGGCAGAGCUCAGACUCAGCAUAAUGGAAGGAGAGAAGGCCUGUCAGCAUGCUGUGCUCUCAGAAAAGAUCUGCAAUGUUGAUCAGCUUAGUUUAGAGAAACAGCAGAUGACCGCUGAGCUGGGAGUUCGGCGUAUGCAGCUUACCCAGCUGAAAGAAACUCAUCAGAAAGCUUUGAAUGAGCUUCUCUGCAGUAAGAUCUGUGAGCUGGAACGAGAGAACCUGAAACUCAAGACCCAGCUGAGGACUGUACGGGCUGAGCUGGACCAGGCCAACAGUUCCUUGAGAGCACUGGAGGGAGCUGAUGGGCAUGCUGCCAACAAUCAAGAUGAGCUCACAGGACAGGCAUCUCAGAAAAUCAAGCUGGACAGGCCGUAG